AUGUAUGACAUUUUACACCUCACGAGUACAUUGUCAAAGCAACUUCAAAGAAAAGUUCUAGACAUUUUGGAAGCGGCUUUGAUGGUUAGAGGGACAAUGGAGGCAUUGCAAUCUUUUAGAAACAUAGGGUUUGCUAGCAUUUUGCCAAAAGUAUCCUCCUUUUGUCAAACACACGAAAUUGAUACUUUAGAUAUGGAAGAGUUGUAUAUUGGUGUGAGAAACCGUAGGACUACAAAGACUAAUAGGUUUCAUUUUGAGGUUGAAAUCUUCAACACGGUGGUAGAUAUGCAACUUACAGAAUAUCAGGAUCGAUUUAGUGAAAUAAGCACCCAAUUACUAGAAUACAUGGGUGCUUUGAGCCCUUGUGAUUCAUUUGCACAAUUUGACAAAUCAAAGUUAUUGAAGUUGGGUAAGUUAUACAAGUAUGACUUUGAUGAUUCGAAUAUGAUAGACCUCGAAGGACAACUUGAGAUAUUUUAUCACUCUUGCAUCAAAGAUGAGCGCUUCACUAGUUUGAAAGGAAUUUUCGACCUUUCUCAUUUGAUGGUUAGUACGGGGAAGCAUCGGUCUUAUCCUUUGGUUUAUAAGCUUUUAAAGUUGGCUUUGAUAUUAACCGUAGCGACCGCAAGUGUAGAAAGAUGUUUUUCAAAGAUGAAGCUCUUGAAGACCGCCUUGCAUAACAAAAUUGGUGAUGAAUUUUUGAACGACACAUUGCUUUGUAUUGUCGAGACAGAAGCACUUGCGAAAGUUGAGAAUGAAAAAGUAACGGAGCGGUUUCAAAAGAUGUCUGUACGAAGAGGACAAAUUUAA